AUGACCGUAUCAAGUAAAAUCCAAAUACUAAGAACUGUACAACAAGUAAGACAAUGGCGACAUCAAACUUUAAUCAAUAAUCAGUCAGUAGGAUUUGUUCCAACAAUGGGAGCGUUACAUCAAGGUCAUUGUUCAUUGGUGGCAGAAUCAAUUAAAGAGAAUGAUAAAACAAUUGUUUCAAUAUUUGUAAACCCAUCACAAUUUGCACCUCACGAAGAUUUGAAUAAUUAUCCAAGAACUUUGGAUCGAGAUUUAGAAAUCUUGUCCACAGAAUUUAGAAAUAAACCAGUUGAUGCUGUGUUUGUACCGAAAAUGUCAGAAAUGUAUCCAAACGGAAUAGUUUUAGAAGUAGAGAAACAAAGAGGCACAUUUGUAACUGUACAUGGAUCAAGUGAACAAUUAGAAGGUGUAACCCGACCUCAAUUUUUUAGAGGAGUUGCUACAGUAGUCACAAAAUUACUAAAUAUAGUACAACCAACUAGAGUUUAUUUUGGUCAAAAAGAUGCUCAACAAUGUGUGGUUAUCAGAAAUUUAGUCAAAGAUUUAAUGAUACCAACUGAAGUGAGAGUUAUGCCUACCUUAAGAGAAUCCAAUGGAUUGGCGAUGUCUUCAAGAAAUGAAUAUCUAUCAAAAGAAAUGAAAGACAAAAGUUCUAUAAUAUAUCGAGCAUUAAGAAAAGGUGAAGAAUUAUUCAAUAAAGAAACUAAGCUACAUCAUAAAAAAUCAGUUGAAUCUAAAUUAAUAAUCUCAGAAAUUGCCGACUUAAUACAGCAAGAUCCAGAUUUUGAAAUAGAAUACAUAGCAGUCAGCCAUCCCGAGACUUUGGAAGAUUUGGGUGAAGUUAAACCAGGCUUGGGUGCUGUCGUUUCCUGUGCUGUGAAAGCUCCUAAAGAAAAUAGUAACGAACUUACGAGAUUAAUUGACAAUAUCAUUUUAAAUUAA